AUGAGUAUUACUUUAGAUUAUGGCUCCUGGCUCGGUGAUGAAGGAGAUACUACAGACAGCGCAACCUCUCGUGAGCCAUCGCCUGCUCGCUAUCAUUUAGACCAGAGAAGUGAAUAUGGGCAAAACAGUUCAUAUACUAGUCGAGGGCGAGACCCCACUACCCUCGAAAUCGCACGUCUUUUCUCAGACUCCGACGAGACCGUUCCAGAUCAAGACCUUCUCACAGCUGAGAUGAACGCGGCUUCUUCCGCACGCAUUUCAGACAACUUUUCCCAUCCGCCUCCGAAUCUGCCUCGUGGCAGCCAAGGCACAAACCACAUCUCUGGCGCAACCGAUACCGACGACUCCCCAGUCAUUGAUCUUACCGACUCACCUCCACAAGCUUCAACCAGACCAACUACGACUACGACUCCUUGGCGAACAUCUUCACCAACCAGAUCACUCCAACACCCAACCAUGCCACCAACUCUUCGAAGUCAAGCGCAGUCAAGAAGAUCUCCUCAAGCUUCCUCACCGCCACAUCACACAGAUGAGCGCCCAACAAAACGCCAAAGGAUACAUGAAAGGCCACCAGAGACAUCACCUGCCGUACAGCAACCACAGCCAGUCAGGAACGACAGCAUACAAGAAGUCGAAGCCGUAGACUUGACCGAGGUCAACGACGAAUCCGACCUGUCCAAAGCAAUUUCAAAACAACAACAAGAUGCUGUACAAUCGCAAAUGAAACAAACCCAAGGCGACGACCCACCAGGCCGGACACCACUAAGUUCCUACAAAUGCCCUAUCUGCAUGGACACACCGGAGGACGCCACAAGUACAGUUUGCGGCCACCUCUUCUGCCACAAAUGCAUCCUCGACACCCUCCGCUUCAGCGCCCAACAACGCCGCGACGAGGCCGCUACAACCAACAACAGCAAAAGCAAAGGCACCUGCCCGGUCUGCCGCAAACCGCUGGCUCGAAAAGACGAGCCAGGCACCGGCCGCACGCUCGUCCCGCUCGAGAUCAAACUUUCCACCAAGAGAGAUCUGAAGGGGAAGGGAGUCGUGGGAAGGAAUGGUAAUGAUGGGACGUCAGCAAUGCCAGGGAGGGCGAGAAUGCAGACCAAGACCGAGAGAGAGAGUUCGGCGGAUAUGUGGAGGGAUUUAACCACGCUGGAACAUGGCUGA